GGGGCUGGGUCUGUUCGUGAGCGGCGAUGACGGAGGCUGGAUUGUGCAUUGUGCAUUGGAGCUCUUGUUCUCUUCCCUCUUUUCCCUGGUGUUUCGGGCGACAACGUCCCCACGGUCAAGUGACAGUGACGGUUCUUUUCUUCAUUGGAUAGAACCGCAAAAACCGCCGACGCACGCCCACCAUGCGCUUCGGCAGGACGCUGCGCAAGUCGGUGUACCCGCCGUGGAAGGACAAGUACAUCGACUACGCGAAGCUCAAGAGCAUCCUGCGCGAAGACACGGCCGACGAGGACGAAACUGCUUGGACUGAGGACGACGAGAAUCGCUUCUGCGACGAGGUCUUCAACACGCAGCUCGAGAAGGUCGCGCAGUUCCAGGCCGAGAAGCUCGAGGACCUGCGCCGCCGUGUCGACAGUGCUUUUGAAACGCUCAAGGAGCUCCCCGCCGCCGACGAUGGCAAGGCUAAAACAGAUGCCGACGCCCAGCGGCUCCGGGACCUCGAGUCCGAGCUCGACUCCAUCACCAACGAGGUCAGGGAGCUGCAGAAGUACAGCAACCUCAACUACACCGGCUUCCUGAAGAUCGCGAAGAAGCACGACCGCAAGCGCGGCGACCGCUACAGGAUCCGCCCCAUGAUGAUGCUUAGCCUGUCGAAGCGGCCCUUCAACUCGGAGCAGGCCUACUCGCCGCUGCUCAACAAGCUGUCGCUCAUGUACUUUGCCAUCCGCCAGCAGCUCGAGGAGCCCGGCGACGCCUACCCCGCCGACCCCGACAGCCAGGCCGAGACACACAACGGCGAGCGCUACACGGCCCACAAGUUCUGGGUGCACCCGGACAACCUGCUGGAGGUCAAGACGUACAUCCUCCGCCGCCUGCCCGCCCUGGUCUACAGCCAGCAGUCUGCCAGGGAGGUGGACGGCCAGCAGGACCCCACCGUCACGUCGCUCUACUUUGACAACGCCAAGUUCGAUCUCUACUCGAACAAGGUCGAGCGCGACGCCGAGGCCUCGUCGCUGCGCCUGCGCUGGUACGGCCAGCUGAGCGCGCGGCCCGACAUCUUCCUCGAGCAGAAGAUCGUGCACGAGAACGGCACCAGCGAGGAGCGCAAGUUCGCCAUUAAGGAGAAGUACAUCAAGCCGUACCUGGACGGCGACUACAAGAUGGAGAAGUCGGUGCAGAAGAUGGAGCGCCAGGGCCAGAAGACCGAGGACGUCCAGGAGUUCCGGUCCACGGCCGACGCCAUCCAGGACUUUGUGCGCAAAAACCAGCUUGAGCCCGUCGUCAGGGCGAACUACAAGCGGACAGCCUUCCAGAAGCCCGGCGACGACCGCGUGCGCAUCGCCAUCGACACGGACAUUGCCUUCAUCCGCGAGGACACGGUCGACCGGUACCGGCCGUGCCGCGACCCGCGCUCGUGGCACCGCGUCGACAUCGACAGCAGCAACAUGACGUACCCGUUCAGCAACAUCAACCAGAGCGAGGUGUCGCGCUUCCCGUACGCCGUGCUCGAGAUCAAGCUGAAGGAGGACAGCAGCCGCGGCAAGCGGCCGUCGUGGAUCCAGGACCUGAUGGGCUCCCACCUCGUGCACCCCUGCCCGCGCUUCUCCAAGUUCGUGCACGGCACGGCCUCGCUCUUUGAAGACUACGUCAACCGCCUGCCCUUCUGGCUGAGCGACCUCGACACCGACAUCCGCAAGGACCCGCAGGUGGCCUUCGAGGAGGAAGAAGAGCGCCGCGCCCAGCGCGCCGAGAACGAGCAGGUUGUCGGCAGCAUCCUCGGCACCAAGCUCGGUUCCUACGUCCCGACGCGCAGCUCCCCCGUCGCCAAAUCCUAUCUCGCCGAGCGCAUGGCCGCCGACGCCGCCGCAGCGAGCAGCCAAACCCCGCAAUCCCCCACCUUCGCCGCUGGCGACGAGGCAGGCGAACCCAGCAGCAGGCGCACCAGCGACCACCACGACAACAACAGCAAAAAGAACCAACACCCGCACGACAACUCCGCCCUCAACUACGGCACCCUCUCCACCGUCUUCCCGGGCUUCUCGCUGACCAAGUACGCGCGCGCCAAGCAAGCGCACGAGGCCGCCGGCGGCGGCGGCAGCCGGCGCGCGUCGCUGCCGCCCGGCGUGGUCGAGCCGACCGAGUGGCUCAAGAACGCGGGCCCGCUGCAGAUCGAGCCCAAGGUGUGGCUCGCCAACGAGCGCACCUUCCUCAAGUGGCAGCACAUCUGCGUGCUGCUCGGCGGCCUCGCCGUCAGCCUGUACUCGGCCGGCGGCGGCCGCGGCAACGCGCUCGCCCAGGCCAUGGGCGCCGUCUUCAUCGGCGUCGCCCUCUUCGCCGGCGCCUGGAGCUCCUGGGCUACCCUCAAGCGCCGCGAGAUGAUUGUCCAGCGAUCCGGCAAGGACUUUGAUUUCCUCCUCGGCCCGCUCGUCGUCAGUGGCGCGCUGGGCCUGGCGUUGGUGGUGAAUUUUGUUUUGGCGUACCGGCAGGCGUUUGCGGACGAUGGGCUCAGUGGCGGCGGCGCGCGGACGAAUGCGUCGAUGGGCGGUGACAUGGGCGACUUGCGGAUAUGAAUCUCGGCGUGGUGAGGUGUGUUGGAUCUCGCUCGUGGUGAGAGGGAAGUUGGCAAGGUUAUGUGGUUGGAGGGAGUAAGCGGCAUAUACGGGGUAAAAUAUCGGUUCAUGUAUCUGUGGGUUGCCAGGUACAUACAGCGGGUAUUUGCGUUUGUUUGUGUAUGCGGAAGGGGAGAUUGCAUUCUGAUCGUCUUGGGGUUUGGGAAGGGAUCGGGGUGAGCGGGUCAUGGGCUUUUUCUUCGGUUUGUCUUAUUCUGGUUCAUGUCUUGUUGGGGGUUGAGGCUGGUAGGAGCUCUACUGCAUCUGCAUGGAUACCUGACAUCGGUGCGGUCGCAUCAUCAGAUUGUAUGACUUAGGGGAGGGUGUUUGAGUCGACGCUCCGAGGUUGUAGUGUUAGCGGAAUAGCGGUGCCACCUAUCGAGGUCGGCCCAUGGUUUGGGUCGUGGGAAGCGGAUU